CGUCCAUUGAAUUGGGCAUGAUGAUUUUGGGAAGUACCAGUGUAAUUUACCAUUCAUGAUGGCGGAAGGUGGGACUCGCUCGGAAGCAUAUACUAGCGCUGCUGGCGGUCCUACGUCUCCCCAGCCGGCAGUAUCAGGACCAUGGCCGAAUAGCAAGGAUGCCUACGUCCUAGGAGAUGUCUUGGGGCAUGGUGCUACUGCCCUGGUUCAAAAGGCAUACUGUACACCUAGGAAGGAACAAUGCGCCGUCAAGAGAAUCAACUUAGAAAAAUGUGACACUACCAUGGAAGAACUCACGAAAGAAAUUCAGUCUAUGGGUCAGUGCAAACAUGAGAAUAUUGUGAGUUACUACACAUCGUUUGUUGUGAAAGAUGAACUAUGGCUUGUUAUGAAGCUUCUUGCUGCAGGAUCAGUCCUUGACAUUAUGAAGCACAUCAAGAAAAACUCCCCCGACAAAGUUUGCCGUUUGGAUGAGGUUGUGAUUGCAACAAUUUUGAGAGAAACAUUGAAGGGCCUAGAAUAUCUUCAUGAAAAUGGACAAAUUCACAGAGACGUCAAAGCAGGUAACAUUCUUCUCAGUGAUACUGGUAUAGUUCAGCUUGCUGAUUUCGGUGUCAGUUCGUGGAUUGCAAUGGGUGGUGACCUGUCCAGGGCUAAAGUGCGUAACACAUUCGUCGGAACACCAUGCUGGAUGGCUCCUGAAGUUAUGGAGCAGAUUCGUGGCUACAAUUGCAAAGCAGACAUCUGGAGUUUUGGAAUCACAGCAAUUGAGCUUGCCACUGGGACCCCACCAUAUGCCAAGUACCCACCAAUGAAGGUUUUGAUGAUGACUCUUCAGAACGAUCCACCUUCCCUGGAAACAGCGAUGACCAACAAAGAAGAUGUAAAAAAAUACAGCAAGGAGUUUCGGAAGAUGAUCUCAAAAUGCUUGCAGAAAGAUCCUGAGAAAAGGCCAGAUGCUUCUGAACUUCUCAAGAGUCCAUUCUUUAAGAAGGCAAGAGAGUGUACGUACCUUCAUGAAAAACUGUUGGGGGUGGCACCAACUUUAGAGGAUCGUGGAGAGAAGGUGACGCGGGUGCCUGGAUCCAGUGGUCGUCUGCACCGUACUGCAGAUGGAUGGGAAUGGUCAGAUGACGAGUUGGAUGAGAACAGUGAAGAAGGCCGAAGAGCAAGUAUUGGACGAUCACCUCGCAUCGCCAUGGAUAUGAAGAUGAAGCUGGCUAAUCAGAUGGCUGGGAUAUCUGGGCCAAAGGUAAAGACAGCUGCAGAGCCACAGGUUGUUAAAUCCAAGGAGAUAUCUCCACCAGCAGCAACAGGUGCAGCAGCAGGUGCAGCAGCAGGUGCAGCAGCAACAGAAGGUGGUGCUGAACCUGGGCCAACACUACACAUGGUCCUCAGGUUAAGGAAUGCUGAGCAAGAGCUGAAUGAUAUCCGCUUUGAUUACACUGUCAACAAAGACAAUGCUGACAAUUUAGCUCAUGAACUGGUCACUGCUGGUCUAGUGGACCUCAAAGAUCUUGUCGUUGUUGCAGCUAAUCUUCAGAAGACAGUGGAUAAUCCAGAAAAUAAAAGUGUCUUGUUCAAACUGCAUUCUGGCGCUAGUCCAGGUGAUGAGGAGCAUCUGGUAGGAUUUGCCAAAUUAACCAUCAGCUAGGACUAACAAGAAAUCUCCCAAUCGGUAAUCUGUGUGUGAUCCAAUCCUUUGCUUCAUUGCCUCAUUUUGAUGCAAAAACCUAAACGGAAGAUCCAGUAGUUUCUUAAUUGCAGGUCAGUGAUUUUUUCCUGAACGAGUUCUGUGAACACUGAUGAUGAACACGUAAAUGAGCACAGAAAUACAGAGCAAGUGUUUUGUUUUCGGUCGCUUUCAAUUUGGGGGUAAAAUUGCUCUUUGGGUAGUUUGGAAGGAAUUUAUGAAAGUGAAGAAUGGAAGUACUGUAAACCCUUGGAAGCAGUUCUCAUAUCACUCUGCAGCAGAUGGAAACAAACUCACUCUGGAUUUGUUUAUGAACUGCAGAGAGAGUAAUAUGGUGUAGUCCCCUAAACUGUGUGUACACUAAGGCAACAUCUCUAUGAUGUUAUUUUCCAUUAUCACCAUUGAUGAGAGACGGAUGCUUGAGAUCCAUUGAUUGGUGUUCAGCCUGUAAGACUUUGGUAAGGUCCUUGAAAUGCUUCUGGAGUUUAUUCAGGCUACUUUAAAAUCAAGGUGUAAUGUCGUGCCAUUAUUGUGCAGAAUUGAUGGUUAUUGUAGAUAAUGGCGUAUAGCAGCCCAGUUACAUGGUUGCCCCCUCAAAGAUAUUAAGCCAUAGAACGUGCCAGCCGCUAACAGUUGUUAUGUACUGGUAUGAAGCUACCACCUGCUAACUUGUUCAAUAAUAGAUGUAAUUAAAUGUAAAGCUUAUAUCAUUGGUGUAUUCAUGAUUUAAAAUCUGGAUCCAAGAUAUCUUUAUUAGUUGCCGAUGUCCUGGAUUGUAAAGCAAAUUUACAAUUACAUCCAGCCUUUAGAUGCUGCGAAAUGUCACAAUCUAAGAACAGAACUCGCAGAAUCCAUGACCGAGAACAAAGGCCUCUGUAUCAACUCAGAUCAAAUAAGAUUCCUAGCCCUAGUUUUAAUUUUCAGUAGGGGGGUAUUCUCUUUAACAUUUUUCAGGUUUUAACAAUGUCAUGACACAGGGAAAUUAUGUAUUAAAGCAUGAAAGAAUGCACUUGAUGAGAACGGAAGUUUCGUUUAGAGGAAAUAUUGGAUUGCCGACUGGAAUCAAAGACUAUUAGGCUGUCAGGCAGAUAGGGAAACCGUUGCGUAGUCAUAGGUUAUGUUUUAUUCUCUUUGUUUUAUGGGGCUUAUCAAAAAGUUAAAUCUUUUAUUUACCACAGACAGUAUGAAGCCACCAUUUAAAGGUGACCUUUAGGGGAUGUUGGAGUUUUUUGUCUUUGAAAAUACAGUUGAAAAAAUGAAACUUAAAUAUAAAGAUAAUUAAAGUUUAGAAAUAGAGCUUUAAACUUUUCCUCUUUCAUUUUCUGGUAUUUUUCGUGUAGUUUUAAUCUUCCCUGGUAAAUAUCAAGGAUAUGCUGAUACAUGUACAUUGUGACAAGCAAAUGGAAUGUACAUAAAAUGAUUAGCAUUAAUGUUGAGGUGCAUAAAAGAAAGAAAUUGAAAUAUUCAUUUAUAGAAAUGUUUAUUACUUUGACGUAUAGUUAAGUAUGUGCUAUGUCUAUUCAACAAUUGUUUUUAUAAAUUUAUUUUAUAGUUUGCUAUGAACAAUUUGAAUUCUCCUUUGAAAAAAGGAAUGUUAAUUCAAAGUAAUGAUUUCACAAGGAGCAUAAUUUUUUACCAUUUUGUGUAUUUUUGCUGAAGAUAGGUUUUAGUUUUUGCGGGAGAGGGAUUAGUGGUAAUGUUUUUUCCAUGUUCCUGUAGUCGAAAUCAACUUGCAGUACAAAACCUUCAAGUGCGUGGAUUGUGAAUAUCUCUGUCAAAGCUGAAUUUACUUGAAUCAAUGAGUCUAGUCCCGCGAGUCUAGAAAUUUUAUCAAAGUAGUCCUUUUAACUUCGAAAUAUUGCAUACAGGUGUCAGAUAUGAGUGAAAUGCUUAUUGGAGUAUGCUGGAGUUGUAUCUAAAAUGUUAUUGUAAAGACUUAUUCAACCAAGCGCCAUUUACAGUGACAUCAUGUUUAAUUCGCGCGCGUUCUUAGACUUAAGGUGGAUUUAGGAUGUUACAAUAUCUUAUUGUUCGAAGGGGUGUGUGAGUGUCUGUUUCGAAUUUCAGUGGAGACAUGGAGUUUCUGAGUUAGGGAAAUACUCUAUGCCAUUUCUUGAUUAUUAUCACGAUAUAUUUUGUUCUCAGGGAUUCUUCUUGCCUAAGAAUCACUUGAAUAACGAAGUUUUAUUGUGCCACAAGGGUGCGAUUUUUCCCUCGCCAAACACGACUUCUUUUUGUUAGCGUGACUGCAACUGGUAUAUUAAAUUUUUGAAAGCAGGUUUUGUGAAAGA